AUGGACCCAGGGGGCUGCCCUGAGACCUCAGCACCAAACGCCCGCCACUUGGGGGCCCCUGAGGCCCUUCAGAAUCCAGGGGGCCCCGGGGCCCCUGGGGCCCCGGGGGCCCCUGAACCACACGAGGCACUUGGGGCCCCGGGGGCCCCUGAGAUUUCUGGGGGCCCUGGGGGCCCCGUGGCUCGAGGAGGCCCUGAGGGGGCCCCUGGUAGUGUUGGUAGCUGUGGAGUGUUUGUGUAUGAAGAGAGAGUGGGUUUGGUGGAAGCGGAGGAGAAGCAGCAGCAGCAGCAGCAGGAGAAGCAGCAGCAGAAGAAGAAGGAGAAGCAGCAGCAGCAGCAGCAGGUGAAGCAGCAACAGCAGCAGCAGGAGAAGCAGCAACUGCAGCAGCAGGAGAAGCAGCAGCAGAAGAAGAUGGGGAAGGAGAAGCAGACAGAACGAUGCGGGGAGAACCAAAUGAAACUGCUGCAGCGCCUGAUGACACUGACACCUGAGGCCCCUGAGAGUCCAGGGGCCUCCGAGGCCCUUGCGGCCCCAUAG